AUGUGCUUUUCCUUCCGCUCUGUUCUCUCCGGCGCAGCGAGUCCCAAACGGACGCCGCAAUCGGCAAUGCGCUACUGGAUCUCCACGACGGUCGCGAGAGGGUUCAUGGUGGUGACGACGGCGCCGGUGUAUAGGACGGCGAGGAAGACGACGGGGAAGCCAAUUGAAUUGGGGAGGACGAGCAAGACGACAUCGCCGUGGCGGAUGCCCAAUUUGUGGAGAGCUGAGGCCGUGGAUUUGACGAGGGGGAAGAGGUCUUGGUAA